GAACUUUGUGUAAUUUUUAUUACCAUAUUCGAUGUUGGCACACCUUCAACUUUUGAUAUAAACAAAAGUUCUAUAACCUCUUUCAUCCACUUGUUUGCCAGCAAGGAAUUCAUUAUUUUUGCCUCACUGUCUAUCAGAAUUUCAUGCUAAUAAUUACCAAGAUAUGGCGGAUGAAGAUGACGGCAAAGAAUAUCGAUGGGAAACGGGAUACGAAAAGACUUGGGAGGCGAUCAAAGAAGAUGAUGAUGGAUUGUUGGAAGGAGCCGUAGCAGAUAUUAUUCAAAGAGCAAAGAGAAAACGACAAUCAGAAAAGCAGGGUGGGGCAAGACUGGGAAUGAUGAGACAUCUUUACAUUAUUCUCGAUUGUUCCGAAGCUAUGUCAAAUCAGGACUUGAAACCAACAAGAUUGCUAUGCUCUAUUAAACUCUUAGAAGACUUCAUUGAUGAAUUCUUUGACCAAAAUCCGAUCAGUCAGCUAGGACUCAUUGUGACCAGAAACAAACGAGCCGAAAAAUUGAGCGAGCUGGGUGGAAAUCCUAAAAAACAUAUCAAGGAACUGAAGGGCUUGCAUCUUUCGGCUCUAACGGGUGAACCAUCAAUUCAAAACUCUUUAGAAUUAGCUCUGAAGUCUUUGAGAUUAUUACCAUCACACGCGAGUAGGGAAAUAUUGUUGUUGUUGGGAUCCUUAACGACAUGUGAUCCAGGGGAUAUAAGUGUAACAAUAGAUAGUAUGAAGUCUGAAGGAGUGCGAUGCAGCGUUAUUGGUUUAGCUGCUGAAUUAUACGUCUGUAAACGCUUGGCAACUGCAACUGGUGGUGAACACGGUGUGGUUUUAGACGAUAAACAUUAUAAAGAACAGUUGAGUAUUCAUGUGGAUCCACCAGCCGCUGCAACUAGAUUAGAUUCUGCCCUAGUUAAAAUGGGCUUUCCCCAUCACGCCCUACACUCAACAACUGAAACUCCCAUGACAAUGUGCAUGUGCCACGUAGAAAGCUCUGAGGAUGAGAGCAGGCUGGUAACAGCUGGUUACUUGUGUCCACAAUGUCUCAGUAAACAUUGCGAACUACCAGUGGAAUGUCGGGCUUGUGGUCUGACUCUUGUAUCUGCUCCACAUUUAGCCCGUUCCUAUCACCAUUUAUUCCCGGUUGAAAACUAUAAGGAAGUACCAUAUGAGGGCUCCCCUACAAUAUGCUCUGGCUGUAGGAAGCCUUUCACGCAGCUGGAUAAAAAGGUGUACAUGUGCGGAAAAUGCAGUCAAGGAUUCUGUUUAGAUUGCGAAAUCUUCAUCCAUGAAACACUACAUACCUGCCCUGGAUGCGCAACAAAUCCAGAUACUUUUCAAAUAUCGUCAGAGAAUGUUCCAGUUAAUUAGAAUUACAAGUAGGAAUUUCAAGUACCUUGAUACGUAAUUUCUUACACGGAAUAUCCUCGAUCCUUUUCCGCGUUUCUUUAAAGUGAUCUGAUAAAAUGUACGCAUGUCGGUAGAAAUCGCGGAAAAUUUUGAUAGAUCAAUUUUCCUGAGUUAUUAACACUACCUUUCAUCAUACUUGGCGUUUCAGUUGUUGCACGGUAAUAGUCCGCUACGACGUUACAUUGCUCCUUUUCUGACUGUAAACACGCCAAUCAAUUAUAUUGCGCACCGAGUUUGACAAACCUUUUAAUUAAGGUUCUGACCUUGCGAACAAUGUAGCUGUUGAACUUGAACCACGCGUCAAUAUUCUGUGGCAGUCAGCAACGUAAAUCCUAUUUUGUCAGCGACAUUCAUACACAUAAUAAUAACAAUAAUAAUGAUAACAAAAAAACCAA